AUGGUAUCCGAAUCGGAACUCAUCGACCGCAUCCGCGAGUUCCUCCGUAGCUCCGACCUCAACACCACCACAACCUCCACCGUCCGCCGUCAGUUAGAGACCGAUUUCGGAAUCGAUUUGUCUAAUCGAAAAGCAUUCAUUAGAGAGCAGGUAGACUCGUUUCUUCAGAGCGUUAACCAACAACAAGAAGAUGAACCAGAAAACGACGACGUAGCAGAAGAUGCGGAUAAACCAGAACCAAGCCAAGGUUCUGGUUCAAAGGAAGAAACCAAAGAAGAAAAAGAAGUUGAAGAAGAGGAUGAUAAUGAGGAAGAGGCGGAAGAAAAACCCAAGCGAACCAGAAGUGAGAAGAAGGGGAAGAAGAAGAACAAGAAGAGUAAAAAACGAUCUAACAAGUCAGGUGAUGAGGUAGUAAAGAAAAAAGGUGGUGGCGGUUUUUCUAAAAUUUGUAGCCUGUCUCCACAACUUCAGAAAUGCCUUGGAGCACCAGAGAUGUCUAGGUCUGAGGUUGUUAAGCAACUGUGGGCCUAUAUUAGGGAGAAAAAUUUGCAAGACCCAGACAAUAGGCGAAAAAUCAAUUGUGAUGAACCACUGCGUGCUCUUUUCGGUGUCAAUUCCAUCAAUAUGUUCCAAAUGAAUAAAGUAUUGGCAAAGCAUAUCUGGCCACUGGACUCAGAUGAUGUUAUCCAGGUGAAGUCGGCACCAAAGGAAAAGCAGAAGCGAAAGAGAGAAGAUGAUGAUGAGCCGAAAGGAAGAAAAGGUAUUCUUGCUCCAGUUCAACUAUCUGAUGCCCUUGCGAAGUUCCUUGGAGAAAGUGAAUUAUCAAGAUCUGAAGUCAUUAAAAGGAUGUGGGAUUAUAUAAAAAGAAACAACCUUCAGGAUCCUUCUGACAAGAGGCAAAUAAUAAGCGACGAAAAGUUGAAAGAACUCUUUGGUGUUGACUCCUUCAAUGGCUUCACCAUUACCAAACUUUUGGUGCCUCAUUUCAUAAAGUCAUAG